AUUAUAAAUUUUUUGUGUUUGUUUAGAUUUGAUAGUUCGUAUUAGUAGAUAUUACAAAAUUAAUAGUAGCACCAAAACUAAAAUACACAAUCAAGUAGAAUAUAUCAGUGAAAAGCAAGAAUACGAAAAGAAAUUGCAACAUAGCCAGCGCGGGUAACGAGCAUUCAAAUCAGUUUGACAUAAGCACAUAUGCUGCUGCAGCGAAUGAUGGCAGAAAACAACUGAUACAAAAAUUGUUUAUAAACUGUGUUGUUUGAAACUAAGCGGUUUUUGUUGUUUACUAAGAAUAUUUAAAUACAGAAAACUCAAACAUUUCCAAAAUCAUUUUUAUAUAUUAAUUAUAAACAAUGAUUCACGACUUGUUGAUUAUCUGCUUGAACAGUGGCAGCAAAAAAUGUCCAAUUGAAGAUUUAAUGUCACUCAGGCAAAGUAUUAACCACAUUCAUCCAUUAGAGGAAAACUUAUUUAAUAAGGUUAUACGAUUUAUUAAGUGUUUGCGUGAGAUAGGCACUUUUGUACAAGCAUGUGGUAAAAGUGAUAGUCAUGCCGAUUCAAUGGCCAGAUCUGCAGAGGAUGAGUUAAUGCAUGGUAACUAUAUUAAAUCCUUUGCUGAUGGUCUGGAGUUAUUGCUGGAUGAAUUUUAUAAAGUUAUAAUUGAAUUGGAACAACUAAACUUAGAGAAUUCGUAUAAUUCCUUACUGCACGUUUACUCUAAAAUGCAAGAAUAUGAACCGUUAUUUUUCUUUUUACAAAAGUUGACCCAUACUAUCCUUUCGCGGAAAAUACAUGGUUGUCCUCUUAUGCAGCUUCUCUAUCAAUAUAUACAAAAUGGUGACUGUAGAUUAGAUUUGGCUAUUAGUAGCAUUCACACAAGUGUGAUCAGAGUUUUUCUCAAACAUUUGGCCAAUUGGACACUUUACGGUAAAACCGAUGAUUAUUAUGAGGAAUAUUUCAUACAACGGCGUGCGGAACCUAGUCAAUAUAUCAGUUAUACUAGUAGUGUAAAAUCUGGAACUUCAUCAGAGGAAUCGAGUCAAUCUGAUGAGGAGAUUUGGCAAUGGGAUGUAUGCUAUGAACUUGUGCCACCAUGUUUUGGCUCAAGUUGGGCAGAAAAAGUAUUAUUCAUAGGAAAAACCGUACUAAUAUUUAGAAUGGAUGAUGUUGAAGUAGAAUUAAUAAAUCAAUCGAAUACAGCAGGUACUCAAAGCCAUACAUCAGACAUUGGUACUUUAUGGAAUGGAAAAGAGUAUAUAUAUUACAACAAAAUCUAUUCAUUGCUGGAUAAAAAGGAAUUCAAAGUAUCAGAUUAUGAAGAAGUAAUUGAAGAUAUGAAAAGUUAUGUUUGCACUCGAUUUGCUGAACUAGCUAUAACAGAGGUUAAUUUCAUGAGGCAGUUGACACUAGUUAAAGAUUUCUUUUUAAUGGGACGCGGAGAAUUGCAUUUAGAAUAUAUACGUCAAUCAUAUAAGGUUAAACCGACAGAAACACAAUUGGAAUCCAAGAGCUGGCUACGUGACAUAAUUAGGGCCUAUGAUAUGGCCUGCAGUAUUAUAGGUGCAUUUGAAUUUCAGGAAAAGUUCAGUGUAUCCGUCAUUGACUGUUAUCUAGAUUCUGAUGAACUGAAUACAUUCUACUAUCCGCAAUAUCUCAAGUUUAACUUCAAAAUAGUCUGGCCACUUCAUUUAAUAUUCUCCCCAAAAGUGAUUAGUCACUACAAUAUAAUAUAUCGUUUCUUGCUUACAAUAAAAAAAAUUCAAUAUGAAUUGCAAAUGGUAUGGCAGAAAAUUAACCAAAAAAAUAUGGGCAUACAAAAAGUGGAUUCAAGAGUAUUGCAUCUAUGUUACCAGUUAACAUUUUUUAUAAAUACUUUACAAUAUUAUAUACAAGUGGAUGUCCUAGAAAGUCAGUAUAAUAUCUUUCUCAGUUCGAUUGAGAACAAACGCGAUUUUGAGGAAAUUAAUAGAGCACAAACUGUUUUUCAAAUGAAGGUACUAUCACUUUGUUUUCUACAAGUGGAAGAUACUAGAAAAUCCACCAUAUAUCAGUCAAGUAUAUGUAUAGGUAAUCCAGUUAAUGAUGUUUUAAGUGAUAUGUUUUUGGUUUGUCAUGAUUUUUGUGAUCAUAUUGAGAGUGUUGAUGAACUUAUCGAAAUUGAUGAUGACUUAAUUGAAAAUUUAAAAGAUCGAUUUUAUGAUAAAAUUGAGAAACUUCUUGAUAAUAUAUCGAAAUUACACACACCAUCAAAUAAUGUGCCAUUCAAACAACUAAUAACUAGGCUGGACUUUAAUCACUGGUAUAGCUUGAGAAAUGUUUUCCAAAAUGAACCAAAUGACCAUUACUCCACACCGACAAGUGAAGAUGAUGAUAUAUAUUACGAUACAAAACAACAAUAAUGUAUCUCGCACUGAAAUAUUUCAUAAAUAUAAUCUCAUUAAUCUCUCUAUUAAUGUUACUUUUAUUUUAAGAUAUUGUUUUGUUAAUCUUUUAAAUUAAACUGUUAUUAAAAAU